CACCGGUUCCUCCGAGACGAGGAAGCUGCUGUGAUCUCUGCUCUGAAGGAAGAGGAGCAGGAGAAGACCCAAGGGAUGAGGGACAGGAUAGACAGAACAACAGACCAGAUCAACUCUCUAGCUGAGGCCAUUGAGGUGACGGUGGAGGCCAUGGACACUGGUGAUGACAUAGCCUUCCUCAAGAACUUCAAGAGGACCUCUGAGAGGACUCAGGUGACAGUACAGGAGCCAGAUGAGGUGACAGGAGCUCUGCUGGACGUGGCCAAACACCUGGGCUGUCUCAACUACAGAGUCUGGGAGAGGAUGCAGGACUUCAUUACAUACACUCCUGUGACUCUGGACCCCAACACGGCUAAUGUCUGCCUGUCUCUGUCUGAUGAUCUGACCAGCCUGCGGUACACAGAGGAGGAGGAGCGACUCCCUGACAACCCAGAGAGGUUCUGUUACUAUGAGUGUGUCCUGGGUUCCGAGGGCUUCAACUCCGGACGACACACCUGGGACGUGGAGGUGGGCGUGAACAGCGAGUGGGCCGUGGGCGUGGCACGGGAGACGGUCUCGAGGAAGGAGUGGUUCCCCCCGAGCCCAGGUACCGUCUCUUGCCAUUGUGCCAUUGAGCAAGGCACAUAAUUUCAACAACUCUCUGUCCAGAGGCGCUGCUCUGUGGCUGACCCUGUGCCAAUCGUUGUGAAUGUGUGUA